CGAUUAAUUUAGUCUUGCAAUCGGUUAUCUGCAGAGCUUGACUUCUACUGUCUUGUUUACAACCCCACAGUCGUGAAUGGUGAACAAGGAAGUACAGUUGCUAUGGAGAGAGAUACUGGUGCAAUCGCUUUAAUUAAAGCUCUUGGGUAUAAGAGCAGAGAGUGCUUGAAGACAUGUCAGUGUGACGAAUUACCUUGCCCUUUGCUCACCUGGCUGGUCUCAGAGCUAAGAGCAAGUUGUCCCGAUGUGCCAGCACAGAGAGUUGGUGGUGCAGUUCUGGUCGGGGAGUUGAGGGAGGUGCUGAAGGAGAUGUCCUGUCCUCAAAAUGCACUUCUAUCAGAGCACCUUAGCCCGCUUCUCCUGUUCAGAGUGACCGAGUAUUUGGUGUCAGAGUUGAUGGCAGCGCGUAUGCUGCAGUACAGAGAGAGUCAUCCAGAAGAUGCAGAUCAGAAUUGUGAGACGAAUAGCAAAGAGCAAAGAAAACAGGAGAGUCUUAUUAUGGGCAAUGAAGAUGAGCAUCAGAAAACCAGUCAAGCGGAAGAGGAUAAAACUAAUUGGAAAGAAGUAAAUAAGAGUCUGGCAGAGCUGUUCCAGACUCUUGGCUUAGAAACAUCCUCUCAGAUGAGUGAUGCCUGUGCAGAGGUGGAGUCACGGCUGACAUCACUUCCAGAAGGUGAAAUGCCAGAAGCUUUACUGAAUACCAGUCUGAACUCUGAGCAAUGGAAAAAGAUUAAUGACAUCAACAGAGCUCUCUGUAAGGAUUAUGAGUGUCGGCGCCAAAUGAUGAUCAAGCGUUUUUAUGUCACGCUACAAUCCUUUGCGUGGGGAGAGAGGGGAAAGGAACGCAGUGCUGUGCUUUCUUCCAUGCCACCCUUUUCACCUUCCCCUGAGUCCUCCGUCUCCAUCGCUAUGCUGUUGGCGACCAGAGAGGACGAGUCUCGCAUUAGGCCGGUUAAAGCAGGGCCUUCAACAGCUGUUCACAAGGUACUAAUGGGCAGUGUCCCAGACAGAGGGGGACGUCCAGGAGAAAUUGAGCCACCGAUGCCCAGCUUCACUGGCCGCAGUGAGGGAGGAGGUAGUCAUCAGCAGUAUAGAAAGAGAAGGCGAGAAUAUUCAGGAAAGAAGAAGAAAGAUAAAAAGAAUUAGAGGUUUGUUUUUUAGUGCUAGUUUUGUAACUAACACAACACAAAGAGCUUGUUAUAAGGAGGUAAUAUUUUUCAGUAACAUGAAUGAUCAUGGACUAUGCUAAAAGAUUAAAAAAAAAAGAAUUCUUAUUUAAUGUUUCAAAUCACUUAAUGCACUGUUUAAUUUGAUGAACAAAAAUGUAAUAAGUUCAUUUCAAUGAAAUGUAUAAAUAUAAAUUGCUACAAGCUGUAUUUUCUUUUCACAACCAAGAUUUAUGAUAUUAUUAAAGGCAAUUAUGUUUCCUUUAAAACAA